AUGUCUGCCCAACAACCGAUAACGACCCGGCUGGCUACCUAUGUGUCCAGCAAGGAGUUCCGCCAAUACCUCAUGAGCUGGUCAUCGACUAACCGCGACUUUUUCUUUUCCUUUUCCAGCACUCACUUCUGGGGUCCCGUCGCGAACUGGGGUCUACCAUUGGCUGCGAUGGCUGACCUUAAACGAUCGCCAGAAUACAUCAGUGGGAAAAUGACGACAGCUAUGACGCUCUACUCGCUAAUGUUCAUGCGUUUCGCGUGGAUGGUGCAGCCCAGGAAUAUGCUCCUUUUCUCUUGCCACGCGACGAAUGAAGUGUUACAGUUGACGCAAGGAUACCGGUUCUUAAAAUACCAUCACAUGGGUGGCAAGGAGGCAGCAGAGAAGGUGGCGGAAAAGGUUGCGGAGAAGGUGCCAGCGGUCGCGGCUAAGUAAAAGGUGACCUGUGCCCAAACUUUGUAGUCCAUAGUGGUUAGCAGGAAGGACUGGCCCAGAUAGAACCAUUUCCGGGCAUCGCAUUUUGAGAAUUGAGUAGCAAGGCCUCUAGAGAGACGGGAGACUACCUUUAUCAGAAUGCAUUCUAUUCGCUGGUUGCAAUCCACAUACAUACAAACUGAAUUCUAAACAAACUAUCCUGCUCUACGCCUUACUCGCUGCGUGGCACAACGAAACUCUGAUAUGUAGCUCCUCCGAUGCAACGCGCAAUCGGAACCCAAUCCCACUCUUGAUUGUUGAUGCACAUCUCUUCUUUGACA